CCUGCCCAGCAUCUCAGAGUCCUUAGAUCCGGCCUCGACUGUUUCCUUGUUUCUUGUUCUUAAUUAUUCUAACACUGACCCACGUCUACUUUUUUUAAACCCCCUUUACUCACUCCACUUAGCUAGGUGUCCUUUCAUUGGCUUUCUUUUUUUUACCCUGCUGGAUUAAAGGAACCUUUCUUAUUUGCAAAAACUUUUUUCUUCCCCUCUAAACGUGCCGCACUCCCAACCUUAGGGUCAACCAUAUCUCAGCCUCAACUCGGGCGUUUCGCCUCGCGUGUGAGAUCCCGCCGCGCUCUAACCCCACCAAACAUCGGUUCUCCGCGCUGUCAAGCUUCCACCCCUCUCCCAUCCCCUUUUCUUCGCUCCCGCUCUAUUUACUGCGGCCUUGGAUUCUUGCGAUUUUCAAGAUCCUAGUUGUGAGCCUUCUAGUGAAUUUGGCUCAAGAUGGACCGCACAAUAGCGCGAGCGGUGACGGAGAAGAAGCCAGUCCCGGAGAUUGACUUCACGUUACAUACCAUGGAAGAUGGCACCCAGGUGUCCACCAUGGAGCGGGUUGUCAAAGAGGUACAAGCGCCGGCGUUGCAGACGCCGACGGACGAACAGUUCUGGUCCCCUGAGGACCCCUCUAAGCCAAACCUCCAGUUUCUGAAACAGCACUUUUAUCGUGAAGGUCGUCUUACUGAAGACCAGGCGCUAUGGAUUAUACAAGCGGGUACGCAGUUGUUGAAGGCAGAGCCUAAUUUGCUCGAGAUGGAUGCCCCCAUUACAGUGUGUGGCGACGUUCACGGACAAUAUUACGAUUUGAUGAAACUUUUCGAAGUCGGCGGCGAUCCCUCUGAGACGAGAUAUUUAUUCCUAGGCGACUAUGUUGACAGAGGUUAUUUUAGCAUUGAAUGUGUUCUCUACCUCUGGGCUUUGAAGAUCUGGUACCCGAAUACGCUCUGGCUGCUGCGAGGUAACCACGAGUGCAGGCAUUUGACGGAUUACUUCACCUUUAAACUGGAGUGUAAGCACAAAUAUAGCGAGCGCAUCUAUGAGGCUUGCAUUGAAUCCUUUUGCUCUUUGCCGCUGGCGGCGGUCAUGAACAAGCAAUUCCUGUGUAUCCACGGUGGCCUAAGCCCCGAAUUACACACACUCGAGGAUAUCAAGUCGAUUGAUCGUUUCAGGGAGCCCCCAACUCAUGGCCUGAUGUGUGACAUUCUUUGGGCUGAUCCCCUGGAAGAGUUUGGACAGGAGAAGACUGGAGACUAUUUUGUCCACAACAGUGUUCGAGGAUGCUCUUACUUCUUCUCGUACCCUGCCGCCUGUGCUUUCCUGGAAAAGAACAACCUGCUCUCCAUUAUUCGUGCCCAUGAGGCUCAGGAUGCCGGAUACCGCAUGUAUCGGAAAACAAGAACCACCGGUUUCCCUAGCGUGAUGACCAUAUUCAGUGCGCCCAACUAUCUGGAUGUGUACAACAACAAAGCUGCCGUCCUGAAGUACGAGAACAACGUGAUGAAUAUCCGUCAAUUCAACUGCACACCACACCCGUACUGGCUGCCAAACUUCAUGGAUGUGUUCACCUGGUCUCUUCCCUUCGUCGGUGAGAAGAUUACGGACAUGCUGAUUGCUAUCCUUAACACCUGCUCCAAGGAGGAAUUGGAAGAUGACACCCCUACGACCGUUUCACCUACGGGCCCGCCCUCGCCCCCUGUUCCUAUGGACGUUGAAUCCAGCGAAUUCAAGCGACGUGCAAUUAAGAACAAGAUUCUUGCCAUCGGUCGUCUGUCACGAGUCUUCCAAGUGUUGCGUGAGGAGUCCGAAAGGGUCACGGAGCUUAAGACAGCAGCCGGUGGUCGCCUUCCCGCCGGUACUUUGAUGCUUGGAGCGGAGGGAAUCAAACAGGCCAUUACGAACUUUGAGGAUGCCCGUAAGGUUGACAUUCAAAACGAGCGUCUUCCGCCGAGUAGUGAAGAGGUCUUCAAGCGGAGUGAGGAGGAAAGGCAGGCUGCCUUGGAGCGUGCUCAACGUGAGGCAGAUAACGACGCUGGAUUGGCUACCGUGGCCCGGCGGAUUAGCAUGUCUGCGGGCGCGGGCAGAAGCCGGCGGCAGCGAGAUGCCGCUCGAGAGAGUCGAGAAGCAUGAGCAAAGGAUACUAUUAUUAAACAUUCCACUUUGAUUUUGUGCCUGCUCAACCCGUCUUUCUCGGUGUGCAAAUAUUGAUCCGUACCUGUAUAAAGCGCCUUUGAGUCGGACGAUAUAACGAGGAGCUUUUCCUCUGGCGAACGGCCCAGCUACAUAAUCUUAUGUUCUGUCUGUCACAAGAAGACAGACUGUUAUUGCAUUGAGUAUUGGAACUGCGACAGAGACUAUUGUUGUAGUUAUCGAGGCGUCCGUGACGUCUUGGCUCCAUGAGUUGAUGAAUCGAUACACCAUGACACACCCCUAUCUUGUUUAUUACUGUGCGGUAUUUGUAGGCAGUUUUUUUUUUU